CUGUCUGGGAUGGACGGGAGAGCGGAAGAGACAAAGAGUUGGAGCAAAAGUUGCACAAUGGAGUUUUGCAUAUUAGCAUUAUUUGCACUUCUUUCCUCGUUUUACAACGUCUUGGCGUUGCCACCUAAAGGCGUGUGUCUUCUCCAAGCGGACGAGGGACCUUGCAGAGGUGACAUAGAGCGCUAUUACUACAACACUAUCACGCAAAAGUGCGAGAUUUUCUACUAUGGAGGAUGCCAAGGGAAUGCUAAUAACUUCAAAAGUUAUCAUGAGUGCCACAAAACAUGUUUCAAAAUUCCAAAGAUUCCCCAAGUCUGUAGGUUUGCUAAAGAGGAGGGACCCUGCCGUGCCCUCUUCAGUCGCUACUUCUUCAACAUGACCACCAUGCAGUGUGAGCACUUCUAUUAUGGUGGCUGCCAGGGGAAUGAUAACCGCUUCCAAGAUCUCAGCUCUUGCAUGGAGUACUGCAGUCCACGAAAAAGUGUUCCUGUGCUCUGCCUGGAUUCUCUCGACAAAGGCAAAUGUUCAGCCUCCAUACCACGAUAUUACUACAACACCGCCAGCAAAAUGUGCGAGGAGUUCAUCUACUCCGGCUGCGGAGGGAGCAGCAACAACUUUGUCUCACGGCAGAGCUGCAUGGACGUGUGUGUUAAAGGAGCGAAAAAGCACACUGCCCAAAGAAAAGGUCGUCGCAUGAGACGAAACAGAAAUAAGCGCAUUACUUUCUUAGGACCGUAGACGUCUGAGACCUUCUCAGGGAUUCCUACUUGGACAAGCACACAACGGAAACUAACAUUUAUUAAACUGACUUUGUUUAUGCCAAAAUAACAAACAGGUCAUCUUUGUUGGUCAUUUUACUGGAAGAGAUGUUGGUGGAAUAUACACACACAUGUCAACUGUAUUUUUCCGUUAUACUGUGUGAGCUAUUUUUCAAAUGUGAUUAAACUGUAUGCUGUUAAUGAUGUUUAUUACUACUGCACUAGUGUUCCAGAUUAUGUAUUUUUUAUACUGUAUGUAUGUAAUGUAUGUUUUGUAUGAGUAACACAAUAUAUGGCAAACUUUUUUUGAUAAAAUAUAUAUAUGAUUUUAUGAUGUAUUGUGCCAUUUUUUUGUAUUUAUAUGCUGCUGU